UUUUGAUAUCUUCAUUCUACUUGCUAUCUUUGCCAACUGUGUGGCCCUGGGUGUAUCUAAACCCUUCCCUGAGGAGGACUCCAAUUCCACCAACCACAACCUGGAACAAGUAGAGUAUGUCUUCCUGGUCAUCUUCACCAUUGAAACCUUCACUAAGAUCCUGGCCUAUGGCUUGGUCAUGCACCCUAGCGCCUACAUCCGCAGUGGCUGGAAUUUGCUUGAUUUUGUCAUCGUUGUCGUCGGGUUGUUCAGUGUGGUUGCUGAGGGGACGGCCGACCACAAGCCUGGAGAGGCCCACCACGCAGCAGGCAAACCAGGAGGACUGGAUGUUAAAGCGCUCCGAGCCUUCAGGGUGCUGCGACCCCUUAGGCUGGUGUCUGGCGUUCCCAGUCUCCAGAUCGUCUUGAACUCCAUCAUGAAGGCCAUGGUUCCCCUACUCCACAUUGGUCUGCUGGUCAUGUUUGUCAUCAUCAUCUAUGCCAUCAUCGGCCUGGAGCUCUUCCUCGGCAGGAUGCACAAGACCUGUUUCUACUUGGGCACAGAACUGAACGUGGAUGAUGACCCCACACCGUGUGCGUUUGCUGGAAAUGGGCGCGAUUGUGUGGGCAAUGGGACAGAGUGCAGAGGACCGUGGGAGGGGCCUAACGGCGGGAUCACCAACUUUGACAACAUCUUUUUUGCCAUGUUGACUGUGUUCCAGUGUAUCACCAUGGAGGGCUGGACCGAUGUGCUCUACUGGAUGAAUGAUGCAAUUGGCUUUGAAAUACCCUGGGUGUACUUUGUCUCUCUGGUCAUAUUUGGCUCGUUUUUCGUACUCAACCUUGUAUUGGGAGUGUUGAGCGGAGAGUUCUCCAAGGAAAGAGAGAAGGCCGUGGCUCGUGGAGAGCUGCAGGACGCCCAGAAUAAGAAGCAGAUGGAGGAGGAUAUGUGUGGUUACAUGGACUGGCUCAUCGAGGCCGAGGAUGUGGAUGAGGAAGGAAACAAACGUGCUGCUGUUGCCAAGAAGAAAAUGAUGAAGAAGUUUGGCUGGUAUAAACACAGCGAGGACGGAGGCGUGCAUGCUUAG